AGAUCUCUAUGGUGGGCGCUCCAUUAAAACCGUUGGCGCUCCUGACCUUGGCGUCGUGAAUGCGCAAAGCACACAGACUGUGCGAAGCAGCAGAUAAGAGCGAAGAUCUGUUUGAUACUGAAAACCGAGGGGGAAUAUUCCACACACGUCCCUUUGUCUUUCAGCGAGACCCACGGGCAUGGUAUGGGGGAAAUCUCGGGAUGGAGCGCGUUUCAGCUUCUGUAGAAGCAGGUCCAAAUGCACUGCAAUGAGAAGAGGACGCGCCGACGGUCCAUACCUGGCUGAGGUGUACCUGGAGUUGAUAACUGUCGGAGCUGCAGGCACGUUGAGGGAUGUCUGUUUGACAGGCUCGGUGUAAACAGACACAGUGUGCGUUUGUGUUGUGUGAGGGCACCGUAUCGUCCGGACCAUGUGGCUGGCUACGUUCAGAGGCCAUCUGUCGCCGGCACACCUGCUGCAUCAGCAAGGCAUUGCAACCAUCGCCCACUGUGCUCUUCUCUGGUGGAUAUUAUGUCCCUGUUGGUCACUGACCAAAGCCACCAGCCAGAAAUUCUACCCGACCGUGACGACCCAGUAUGGGAAGCUGCGAGGUCUCCGGGUCCCCGUCCCCAGCGAGGUCCUCCGGCCCGUUGAUCAGUAUCUCGGGGUCCCCUACGCGGCCCCGCCUGUGGGCGAGAAGCGCUUCAUGCCCCCCGAGCAGCCGUCCUCCUGGUCAGGCGUCAAGAACGCCACCCACUUCAUGCCCGUGUGCCCUCAGAACAUCCACAACACCGUGCCGGAGAUCAUGAUGCCCAUAUGGUUCACGUACAACCUGGACACGGUGGCCACGUACAUCCAGGACCAGAACGAGGACUGCUUGUACCUAAACAUCUACACUCCCAUAGAAGACGGGAGCCAACACAAGAAAAAGGGGGCGGCUUUCUCACAUGCUGAGAUUCAUAUUUCCGAAGAUAUCAGGGACUCGGAAGCACGACCUGUGAUGGUCUACAUCCACGGAGGCUCCUACAUGGAGGGCACCGGCAACAUGAUGGAUGGCAGCAUACUGGCCAGUUACGGGAACGUUGUUGUCGUCACCCUCAACUACAGAAUUGGAAUAUUAGGCUUCCUUAGUACCGGUGACCAGGCAGCGAAAGGAAACUACGGACUCCUGGAUCAGAUUCAAGCUCUGCGCUGGAUAAGCAAAAACAUCGGCUACUUUGGAGGAGACCCAGGUCGCAUCACAGUCUUUGGAUCAGGAAUCGGUGCUUCCUGCGUCAGCCUGCUCACACUGUCCCACCACUCAGAGGGCCUCUUUCACAGAGCCAUCAUCCAAAGUGGUUCGGCGCUGUCCAGCUGGGCUGUCAACUACCAGCCGGUGAAGUACACUCGCAUGCUGGCGGAGCGGGUGGGCUGCAACGUGCUGGACACGGUGGACAUGGUGUCCUGCCUGCAGAAGAAAAGCGCCAAGGAGCUGGUGGAGCAGGACAUCCAGGCGGCCCGCUACCGCGUGGCCUUCGGGCCCGUCAUCGACGGCGACGUCAUCCCGGACGACCCCGAGAUCCUGAUGGAGCAGGGCGAGUUCCUGAACUACGACAUAAUGCUGGGCGUAAAUCAGGGGGAGGGACUGCGCUUCGUGGAGAACGUGAUGGACCUGGAGGACGGCGUGUCCGGCAGCGACUUUGACUUCGCCGUGUCGGACUUUGUGGACAGUUUGUACGGUUACCCCGAGGGGAAGGACACCCUGAGGGAGACCAUUAAGUUCAUGUACACGGACUGGGCCGACAAGGAUAACCCGGAGACCAGGAGGAAGACCCUGGUCGCCCUCUUCACCGACCACCAGUGGGUGGAGCCGUCGGUGGUGACGGCCGACCUGCACGCCCGCUACGGCUCGCCCACCUACUUCUACGCCUUCUACCACCACUGCCAGAGCCUGAUGAAGCCCGUGUGGUCAGACUCGGCACACGGAGACGAGGUGCCUUACGUCUUCGGCAUCCCCAUGGUGGGCCCCACGGAUCUGUUCCCCUGUAACUUUUCCAGGAAUGACAUCAUGCUCAGCGCCGUGGUCAUGACGUACUGGACCAACUUUGCUAAGAGCGGGGAUCCCAACAAGCCAGUGCCGCAGGACACCAAGUUCAUCCACACUAAGGCCAACCGCUUUGAGGAGGUGGCGUGGUCCAAGUACGACCCCUACGACCAGCUCUACCUGCACAUCGGCCUGAAGCCGCGCAUCCGCGACCACUACCGCGCCACCAAGGUGGCCUUCUGGAAACACCUGGUGCCUCAUCUCUACAACCUCCACGACAUGUUCCAUUACUCGUCCACCACCACCAAGGUCACCCCCUUGGAUCCCACCCAGUCCAACGGUAAGAGAUCCGGGACCACCGGCCGGCCUCCCGCCUCCCCCGGCCACGGCGACGGCGAAGGCGGGAAGGAGAUGGGUCCUCUGAUCAUGCCCAACCCGAGGGAUUACUCCACGGAGCUCAGCGUCACCAUCGCUGUGGGGGCGUCGCUUCUCUUCCUCAACGUCCUGGCGUUCGCUGCGCUGUACUACCGAAAAGACAAGCGCAGUCGCCAGGAGACGUCCCAGCAGCCCAGCCCCCAGCGCGAGAGCAAAGGCAACAACGCGGGCCACACCAACACCAUAGACGAGACCCUGUCGUCCCAGCAGAGGAGCCCGUGCGAGGCCCUUCACAACCCCCUCGACAUGUCGCCCAGCUUCUCCCUCAGCCAGCGCCGCUCCCCCGACGACAUCCCUCUCAUGAGCCCCAACAACAUCACCAUGAUCCCCAACUCCUUGAUGGGCCUCUCCAACAUGAGCCCAUACAGCACCUUCCCCGCCGGCUACAGCUCCGCCGGCCUGCCCAGCACUCACUCCACCACCCGGGUAUAGCUCGGCAGGAGGAGGCCACAUGUAACAUACAUGAAACAUAAAACACGGAGUGUAAAAAAUGUAUUUAGGGUAUGUAGGUAAAGAAAAAAAAAAAUCUAAAGUUCGUUCCUUCUUUUUCAAAGGUGUCCAACCACCGACAUCCUGGCUUUGCUCUCUCAUGAUAGGAAGUCUGACUGCAGAGUCAUUUUGUAAUAAUCAUUUUCAAAGACUGUCCAAAAAAACAAGAAGUGCAUUUCAUUUUCCGCUUUGGCUUUUUUGGGACUUUACCUAGCAAGAACUUAGUAUAAUGUUUAUACAGUUGGAUUUGUAUGGGAAGUUUUUUCUUACUCUGUGAUAUCUAUUUUGCUCUCGUGGAACAAAAGGGACAUUACGGCUCAUGGUGGACAAAGAUGAGUUCUGGGAAAAGUAGAAAAGUAAUAAUAUUGUUACUAUAAUCAAGCUAUUUUAUACAUAUUUCUCAUAUCACAUUGCUUAUUACAGAAAUGUAUUUUUACUGUAACAUGCUUUAAAGCCCUUGUACAUCGCUCACAAAAGGUAUUAACAUGGAAUCACCACGGCAACGGAUGGAAACUGGACACAAAUGCUGGGCAGACAUGGUGAAAAGACGUCCAACUUCUUCAAAGUGUUUCUAACUGGGCGCAGAAAUAUAGCACCUGUGUGUUUGUGUGUGUGUGUGUGUGUGUGUGUGUGUGUGUGUGUGUGUGUGUGUGUGUGUGUGUGUGUGUGUGUGUGUGUGUGUGUGUGUGUGUGUGUGUGUGUGUGUGUGUGGAUGGGGUAAAACUGCGGUUCAAAAAUGUAAAUUAGGCAUCGUCUGAUCUUAACCAUUCAGUUUCUCAUAUGUAGUGUUGUGUAAUUUAUUGUAGUCUACUUGAGUAUCCUUGCUAUAUUUUGGCUUCAUGUGCUCAUGAUUUUUGCAAAGUACAUUGUAGGAAUAUAACUUCUGCUUCACUAUAAACAAAAAAAAAAGACUUAUGACGUGUUUUCCUACUCUAACUAACUCACGGUUCUUUUGGCUUGGCUCAUUUGUACAGAAAUAGGCUGAUAUUUUAUUUGUUGUUUGUUUAUGAAUACUGUAAGGUCUUCGGAGAGAUGACUGUAAUUACAUUGUAAUUGUACGUAUACCCAUUCAUUUAUUCACACUUAAAAGUGAGCUGAAUGAGACUUACAGGACAUCGCUCCGACUUCAAGUGGACCCCGAAUAAAGGUUCAUCCAUAGGGCGUCCUUUACUGAACGGACACGUUGGACGUCAAACUUUGAGAUUUGAGUCCUUUGAACCUAUCAUAACAUUGUUUAAUCUAAACGAGACGGUUAUUAAAAGAUU